AUGAAGUGGAAACCUUGGGCAAAGAGGGCCAGCAUCGCAUGUUUGAGCCUAGCAUGCUUCUUUGAUGUCGUUGCAGCCAACGACGUCUAUGUGGUUGGCUACAAUGACUGGGGUCAGCUUGGUCUCGGCGACUAUCUUGAAAGAACAACAGAGACUCUUAUAGAUAGUAAGCUCCCUUUAGACCGUACGUAUGGUCUAGCUGCUGGGUUGUAUCACUCGGUUGCUCUCGGAGACACAAGCUCAACACAAGGGCUGGUGUACACCUGGGGCAGGAACAGCAAAGGACAGCUUGGCCUAGGACCAAUCUGGACCUCUCUCUCCCCGCAAGCGGUCCAAUGGAAAGCUUGUCCAGAGCCCAACAGCUGGGUUUGUAAUCCAAGCCUGUGCAAACCUGUUUGCGAUGCCAGCAAGUGCACGAGCUAUGGGUCUGCAAACUCCUACUGGAAGGUGUUGGGAGUCGACAAGGCCUCGGACAUGCAAUGCAUGAAGCCGCAGGAUGUCGUAUGGGGAAGUGCGUCUCAGCCACAAAUCGUGCAGACCGUCGCCUCUGUGGACUCCACGUUCGUGUUGACCAAGCAAGAGAUGUUGGCAAGGCCUGAUGGGAAGUACUUUCGCAGUGUCCCGAUGCUGAUUAAUUCUAUUCAAGACCUUCAUUUUCUUGAGCUUGCGGCUGGAGAUUUCCACGUGAUUGCUCUGAAUGAUCUUGGAGAGGUUUGGUCGUGGGGCAACAAUGUCGAAGGACAGCUCGGAGUGGGAGAUCUAUCUCAACGCUCUCAGCCAGCCAAAGUUGUGUACAUGGAUGGUUUGAAUACUGUCAAAGUCGCCGCAGGGUCGUACCACUCCUUGGUUCUGACAGACUUCGGGCAAGUUUACAGCAUGGGGUUGAACGCCAACGGGCAGCUUGGACUUGGCGAUUAUUCCUCGCGCAAGGCUCCGACGUUGAUCAAGUACCUUGCGACAAAGAACAUUUCGUCUAUUGCUUGUGGCGAUUAUGCGUCAUAUGCUAUUUCUGAUGCUGGAGAAGUGUUUGCUUGGGGUGACAACAGCUUCGGUCAAUUGGGUCAAAGUGCGGCCGUGACAUACAAUGAGCCCUCAUUGAUUCCAAGCUUGAAGAACGACGGUGCCAACGUGUACAAGGUUUUCGGAGGACAGCGAACGAUCUUCGCCAUUGACGAGUCAGGGAUUGUUUACGCUUUCGGCAACAACGAUUACGGCAUGCUUGGGCUAGGUGACAAAACUACUAGAAAGUUUCCCACGAAGAUAAGCAGCUUUGUCGGUGCCAACGUGUACGUGAUUGCAUCUGGAGCGUAUCAUACUAUUGCAGCGACAGGCUGCUGGGAGCAAGGCAACCCAUGCUCAGGGCACGGGACCUGCAACAGCAAUGGAGUUUGCAUUUGCGAUACAGGAUACAGGGGUUCUGUAUGCUCGGACCAGUGCCCUGGAGGAGUAGGAAACGCCUGCUCUCUACACGGAGACUGCAUUAUCCCGGGAACAGGCUCCUCAUACUGCCUGUGUUUCUCGGGUUACACUGGAAGCGCGUGUGAGAUCGAGUGCCCGGGAGGAGCUCUGAACCCGUGCUCUGGGAAUGGCGAGUGUCUGCCGACAGGAGUUUGUGAGUGCAACUCAGCUCACCACCCUUGCAGAUGCCCGGGAGCGAUGUCAAGCCCUUGCUCGGACCUCGGGCUGUGCGUCAACGGGGCCUGCUCCUGCUACACCGGGUUCACGGGUCUCAACUGCUCGACCGAGUGCGAGGGAGGGGCGUCGAACCCCUGCUCCUACAACGGGGAAUGUCUCCUGGACGGCAGCUGCCGUUGCUACACUGGCUUCCGUCGUCCUGACUGGUGCCGUGUGCCUGACCUUGUUCCCCCUCAUGACCCACUGCCCAGCUCUUGCGAGUGCCCGGGAGGUCACGACAACAUUUGCUAUGGCCAUGGGACGUGCACGCAGGACUGCGUCUGCUCAUGUCGCGUGGGCUACCGAGGAGCGAACUGCUCAUUGCAGUGUGCUGGAGGGCUGCUGGCGUAUCUGGAGGGAGAGCUGGUGACUGUCAAAGUCUGCAGCGGCCAUGGCGAGUGCGACGAGCAAGGAGCAUGUCUGUGCUACGGCGGAUGGAGCGGCAAGAUCUGUGACAAUGGACCGUAUGACUGGCUGCCUGUCAUUCUCAUCUCAAGCUCUUCGUUCCUCGUGUGCUGCUGCUGCAUCUGUGUCGGCAUCUGCAUUCGACGGCGCCAGAAGAAAUUCUCGAACCGCGAGAGGAAGCGACAAGCUCGUCGGAAGCUGCGAGGGAAGAAGAAGCACAAGUCGGGAGACCGAAAGAAAGAUCGAUCGAGGAAAAAGUCGAAGAUCAACAAAUGAUCUUGAAGGUUGUCAGAUCGUAGCUCAUGAAGCUUGUCUUGUCUGAUCACAGCUCAUGAUAGCAAGAAAGUUGAAAGGAGAUAAUUGUUGCCUGUCAGGUGAAGAAUAGAGAUGUUGUUAUUUUGUCUUUGUGAAUAUAUCUUGAUGUAACAC